AUAGAGUUAAAUAUAAAAGAAAUAUAACAAUUUAAUAAAACGAAAAAUAUUCCGUUGCGUUUUUUGCGUCUGAGUGUAUAAAACAAUCACAGCAAAACGUAACAAACUCGCAAAAAAUUCAACUAUUCAAUUUUCCGUCAAACAAAACUGACGGAAUAGACGUCAAAAUGGUUACAAUGACGUCGCUCCCGUCUUAAAUGCAAAAAUAUAAAAAUAGUAUUAAGACUCCUUCCUUAGUCAUUUUAUUCAAUGUUUAUAUUAAUUAUAGUCUUAUUUUGUCUAAUACUAAUUUUAUUUUAGGAAGCGACGUACUAGUUUACGGAGAAGUUCGAGAAAUUCCAAUACAACAAAGUCCAGUAAAAAGAAUGGUAAAAGCACAAUAAAAAUAAAAUCGGAACCACUAGACAUGAAACUACCUAAAAAACGAACGAACGAUAUUACGAAAGAAUGUCUUAAUAAAUCAAGUAAAAAGGACAAUAAUAAUUUGUGUUCCAAACGCAAGCCAAAAGAUAAAUCUCACGCGUGGACAUGCAAAUAUUGCAAAGAAAUAUAUAAGACACAGAGGGAACUUAAAGUUCAUAGAGCAUCUCAUAAACCUCCUCCUCAAGACCAAGACGCAGAAGAACCGUCUUUUAUAUUCGACGAAAUUCAAGACCUGUAUAUUUGUUCGGUGUGCUCGGCAGAAUUUCAAGAAAAAAUGGAGGUCGAAGACCAUAUUACAGUUCAUCAGGAGAGACAUAAUUGUUCUGAAUGUGAGGAAAGUUUCAAGAAUUUAUUUGAUUUGGGAAUUCACUCUACUCAACACGAUCCAGAACAGAAAAUACAUUGUCCUUUGUGUUCCUAUGUAUGUUCCAAUCCCAAUCCGUAUAGUUUUAAAUCUCACCUUAAUUACGUCCACCUGAAAAAGUUUCCGUUUUAUUGUAAGAUAUGCGCGCAAGCUUUUAAACAUUACAAGCCAUUCGAAGAACACCAGAAUACCCAUACUGGAACGAAGCCCUACGAGUGCGUGGUUUGCCAAAAGAAAUUUACGUAUAGAAAAUAUUUGCAGGUGCAUCAAGUAAGAAACCACCAGGUCGGCACCACGGGAAGCAGAAUCGAGAAUGAAUGUCGCAAGUGUAAUCGUUAUUUUUACAAACCGGAAGCUCUACAGGAACAUACCUGUUACAAGAAGAAAAAAGGUAAGAGUGUUUGCUUUCUAUGCGAGACUUGCGGUCAAACUUUUACCGAGAAAGCUAAACUCUUGGAACAUCUGCGGGUGCAUAAAGGGGACCUGCCAUUUGUGUGCACGUGGUGCGGCAAAAAAUUCCCAGUUAAGUCCUACCUGAAGACACACGAACGCGUUCAUACUGGGGAAAAGCCUUACUCUUGCGAGUUUUGCGGUAAAAGAUUUGGGCAUCAUGCCCCUUUCAGAGUUCACAGGAGAACGCAUACUGGCGAAAGGCCGUACGUUUGUAAUUUUUGCAAUAAAGGCUUUACUACUAAUCAGGGACUAAAGUUUCACAAAAGAAACUGUCCUCCCAACCUAUUUAAGGUAGAGGAUGGAUUUACUCCCAGUAUACCACCCACCGUAAUAGUACAAGGUCAUCCUGGGGAGGAGAUUUUUGGAAUUUGAAUUGAAUCAAUUGAUUAGGUGUAAAGUUUUGGCCAGCUUUUUGGCAAAAAAUAGCUUAAGAAAAACGUUUAUUAGAAGAAACCGAUUUAAUCAACGGAAAUAGUUUAUUGAUUUUUAUUGCUAACAAAUGCAUGGUGAGAAAAGUUGACCUACAUCUUGUGAAGAUCUAUACAGGGUUCCUCACCACAUACGACACGGAGUAUU